AUGCUGGACAGGAGGGAGAAGUUCCCAUGGCGUCCCACGGCCUCAGACCGGCCGAUAGCGGGCAUCGCCAAGAUUACAGCUGGGCCACGGUCGUCCCGGCCGCGGGCUUCCCCGCGUCUUUCUCCUAAGCGGGUUUGCGCGCUCCGAGCUGCUCCCCAGGAUCUGGAAUCCCUGGAUGCCUACAUCCAGGACACAUUGUCUGCCUUCUACCUGCCGUUUGAGGCCACAGCAGCCACAGUGCUCUGGCAGCUGUUCAGCGUGGCCGAGACACUCCACAGUGGGGACGGGCUACGCUGCUUCACCCACUUCCUCCUCCCAGCCAAGAAGGCUCUGCAGCGGCUACAGCAGGAAGCCUGUGCCAGGUACACAGGCCUCGUCUUCCUCCACCCAGGCUGGCCGCUGUGCAUCCACGAGAAGGUGGUGGUGCAGCUGGCAUCCCUGCACGAGGGCAGGCUCAGGCCUGGAGACUUCUACCUGCAGGUUACACCAGCCGAGAGGCAAUCAGCCAGACUGGUCUUGAAGUGCCUCUCCCCGCUGGGAAACACAGAGGAAGUCACCGUCCCUGAGGCCAUGUACGGCUGUGUCUUCACGGGAGAGUUUCUGCAGCAGGUGAAUGCAGGCCGGGGCUGUGUCCCUUUGCAGAACUGCCUCCUGACCUCGGGCUCUGCCGUCCACCGUACCCCAUGGAGCAGUGUCACAGACCCUGUCUUUCUACCCGCUGGAGCCAUCCUGCGGACCUGCCCCGGCCAUGGGGGGCCUGAGAAGUCCCUGCUGGGCAGCACCUCAGAGGUCCCAGGGCCAGCACGUGCCAUGGCGAUCAGCACGACUCUGCCUCACCACCAUGGGCAUCUGGGCUGCGAGCAGCCCGGGCACCCACCCUACCUACAAAGAGCUGACUUGGAUGGCCCCAGGACCCCGUGCAAAACUGCAGACAGAGGUGUGAUGAAGGGCAGGCAGGAGUCCCCUGAAAGCAAUGGGGGCCUGGACCACACAGACCAGGACAGUCCUCACCCCACCUGCCCUGGAGACCUGAGCAGCCCGCAGGCCAGGAGGAGGCUGGUGGGGGACCGUGCAAGAGCAGAGGCCAGACGCUGGUUCAGGAAAUCGUACAUGGAGGCCCUGAGGAACCCUAUGCCCCUUGGCCCCAGCUCCGAGGAGUCUCUGACUGGCAAUAAGGACCUUAAAGCUGGGACGAUGACCAGCCCAACACAGCGAGAAUCUCCUGACCCCACAAGAAGCCCUCAACAGACCCUGAGCAAAGAGAAAACAGUUGCCCCGAGGUGGACCUGCUCAGGAACCUCAGGGAGGACCCGUCCCAGGAGGUCUCAGUCCUGGGACAGGUCACUCAGAAGCUCCCAGAGGGAAGAACCUGCAGCCCACAGGCCUUCCCGCCAUGCAGUGAGCAGAGGGUCUGGGGGUCUCCUAGGAGGACACGCUGUGGGGACCAGAAACGCCUGCUCUGUCAGCCCAUCUCACGUGGCUGCAGCUCCCACCUGCACCCAGGAGGAAGCUGUUCUUGCUACCCCAGCCUUUGUCCCAGGACGGGAGCCCAGCAGGUGUCCAGACAGGACUGCUGAGCUGCUAUGCUCUGAGGGUGAAGGGCAGCCACCCAGCACUGUGGACCUCCCCAGCCAGGGACCGCAGCAAGUGCUGGACACCAACCAGGAGCUGCUGCAGUCCGGAGUCAUCACCCUCCCAGGGACCCGUGACCGCCACGGCAGGGCAGUGGUACAGGUCUGCACGAGAGGCCCGCUCUGGUCCAGCAAACACUCGUCCCAUGCCGAGCUGAGCUGCCUGCUGAUGUACCUCUGUGGCAUACCCAGGAAGGAGGUGCGGGACCUAGGGCUGCUUGUCCUGGUGGACGCCCGCAGAAGUCCAGUCACCCCUGCUCUCUCCUGGGCCCUCUCUGGACUGCAGAACACAUCUCCUCCCGUAAUUCAUAGUGUUUUGCUGCUGGUGGAUAAAGAAUCUGCAUUUAGCCCUGACACGGGUACGACAGUUCAGUGUGAGGUGGUGAGCUCCCUGAAGGCCCUUCACAAGCUUGUGGACAGCUCCCAGCUGACCGCAGACCUGGAUGGCUCGUUCCCCUACAGCCACAGAGAUUGGAUCUGCUUCCGCAGGAAGCUGGAGGCCUUCACUGCAGACUGCAAGGAGGCCAUCGUCUUCCUGCAGAACUCAGCGCAUUCCCUGAACAUCCACAGAGCUCAGAGGACAUCCCAGGAAGUCACCGAGGCCAUCACGCAGCACGAGGAGAUGAUGAAGCUCGUCCUGGAAGAUGCGCUGCUCGUGUGGCUCCGGCUGGAGGGCAGCGUGGUUCUGGCACGGCUGAGGAGAGCGGGGCUCGGUGCAGGCCAGGACUGCCAAGAUGCCGUUGAGGCCGCCUCCAGGCUGUACAACCAAGUGGACGAGGAAGUGCACAGGCUGGUCCUCGCCUCCAACAGGGGUCUGCAGCGGCUGGAGAACCUCCGGGAGCUGAGGACACUGGAGGAGGGGCACGCCCAGAUGGAACGGUGGUUUGAAGAAGAACUUGAGAAAUUCCUCGGCCCUUGGGAGCUGCUCUCCUAUGAGGAUGUGGAGCAGCGACAGCAGGAGCUGCAGGCCUUGCUGGCCUCGGUGACGCGAUAUUGUCAGAAAGGGCUGCAGCUGGUGAAGGAAAACUCGCAAAACUCACAGGAAACAACCCAGGGCUUCCAAAGGCGCCUGAGUGCCAUGGUCGGCCGGGCCGAGUGUCUGGAGGGAGAGCUGGCCUGCUGGACCCACCUGUCCAUGCUCUACGAGACGGUGAACAGAUGGCUGCUGCGCUGUACCAAGUACCUAGAACAUGUGGUCCCAGAGGUGCGUCCCUCCUCACUGGUCACUGAGUACUUGAAGAGCUGCCACCAUGAGGCCACCAAGGUGACUGCAGAGGCCUUUCACAGGGCCAGUGGGACCGUGCUGGGCCUGGGUGGCCAGCAGGCGCUGCAGCGGUGGCGUGACCUGUGGCUGCAGUACCAGCAGAUGCAGCUGCGCUUGGAAGAAGCCCUUGCUGGAGCCAACCAGGGCCCUGGCAUGCUGACUGUUGACCAAAGCCUGCCGAAGCUCAAGCUUGCCCAAGAGACCACAUGGAAGCACCGUGAACCCUCGACAGGUUCCCCUGCCAAGGCUGACGGCAGUGCUGGGGAAUGGACCCGAGGGCCAUGCAGCCUCGCUGGACAAGCCAUUCUGUGUGGAUGGGAGGGUCAAGGUUUGUGUGGUCCAUGGGCUGGGCCACCCUCCCUGGGGGUACUUGAGGGGCCAGGGACCAGCAUGGCUGACACAGACAGCAGCUCCACCUGCUCCUCAAACCCCACUUCAACACCAGCCAGCCGCCCCAGGAAACACCCCCUGAAGAAAAUGAUGAAGAAGAUUCCAGGUUUUGAAAUGCCUCAGCUGGACAGUGGUCCCCGGGAUGCCUGCCAGUUGGGCCACACUGGGGUCUUCAUCAGAGGCCUGGAGGUGACGGGCACUGUGCCAAGGCUGCCUGCGGGGUGUCCCCCAGUCCCUCGGAGCCGUAGUCUGCCCUCUCCCUCCAGGACGCAACCCCCUGAGGAGGUGGGGAGGCAGCACACAGGAAGCCGCCUGCAGCACAUAGUGGCCGAGAUGAUCUCCACGGAGAAGGAGUAUGUCCGGUCCUUAGGAUAUGUCAUCGACAACUAUUUUCCAGAGAUGGAAAGGAUGGACUUGCCCCAGGACCUGCGAGGGAAGCGCAGCGUCAUCUUCGGGAACUUGGAGAAGCUCCAUGACUUCCACCAGCAGUACUUCCUGCAGGAGCUGGAGCGCUGCCGGCACUGCCCCUUGGCCGUGGGCCGUGGCUUCCUGAGACAUGAGGAAGAGUUCCGCAUGUAUGCGCUCUACAGCAAGAACAAACCCCAGUCGGACGCCCUGCUCAGCAGCCAUGGCAACGCCUUCUUCAAGGACAAGCAGCAGGAGCUGGGCGACAAGAUGGACCUGGCCUCCUACCUGCUGAAGCCUGUGCAGCGCAUGAGCAAGUACGUGUUGCUGCUCCAGGACCUGGUCAAGGAGGCUGGCCGCUGCCCAGGCCGUGAGCAGGAGCUAGGCGAGCUGCAGGCAGCCGGAGAGGUGGUCCGCUUCCAGCUGCGCCACGGCAACGACCUGCUAGCCAUGGACGCUGUCCGUGGCUGCGAUGUGGACUUGAAGGAGCAGGGGCAGCUCCAAUGCCAGGACGAGUUUCUCAUUUGCUGUGGGAGGAGGAAGUACCUGAGGCACGUGUUUCUCUUUGAAGACCUCAUCCUGUUCAGCAAGACCAAAAAGGUGGACGGAGGCUACGACCUCUACCUGUACAAGCAGUCCUUCAAGACAGCUGAGAUCGGCCUGACCGAGAACGUGGGAGACAGCGGCUUGAGGUUUGAGAUCUGGUUUCGCAGGCGUCGGAAACCUCAGGAUACCUACGUUCUCCAGGCGAGCUCGGUGGAAGUCAAGAGGGCCUGGACUGAGGUGAUCAGGAAGAUCCUGUGGCGGCAGGCACUGCGGAACAGAGAACUCCGGAUGCGGGAGGUGGCGUCCAUGGGCAUGGGCAGCAAGCCCUUCCUGGACAUCCAGCCCAGUGAAGCAGCCAUCAGCGACCGGGCCAUUGACCACAUCAUGAAGGGAACAGUGCCGCGAACCCGAGCGUCCAUCGCAGUGUCCUCCUUCGACCAUGCCACCCGCGUCAAGAGACCCCACUCCACCAUCUCAGAGAGCAGCAGCUCCUCCGGCAGCCAAGCCUCCUCCUUCCUGGGGCCACUGAACCUGCACGUGUCCACCAGCCCUGCCCUCGGGCCCUGGCCGUCUGACGUCAGAACCUGCAUUGAGGAAGACGAGCUGGAGCAGGAGGCGGGCAGCCAGACCCCCGUGUCUGUGAUCCACCUGGAUAAGAAGCUGUUCCUCUGGGGAGAGCACUGGUCAGCAGGAGCAGAAAGACCUCCAUCCAGGCUUCUACACCAAUGAGGCCUGGAGAUGCAGCACUGAGCUGGAGGCUCUUCACACUGACAGUCGUCCUGUGAGGCCCUGCCUGCUGGGCCUGGCCUGACCCUCCUCCUCUCUCACUGUGUGGUCCUGGCAGGAGCAGCCUUGAGCCCUGUGCAGUGCCACCCUGUGCCACACCCACAGCCGGCUUGUGGUGUCCCAGGGCCAGAGAGAGCCAUACUAGGACUGCAUUUGUCCCCUACACCCACCUUUCAGGCCAGCAAGGGCCAGAGGGUAGACAGUCCCCAGGCCUGUCCCCACGGUCCAUCCCCAACACAGGACCAGCCUCUUGCAAUAACUGGAUCUCAUUUUGUUUCUUUUUAAAACAUGUUGUGUGUAGUUAGCAUGCAUGGUACUUGCCUUAGGCCUGAGAGGACGUUAGGGGAGACUGAUCACUUCCUGGACUCCCCAC